AUGCAAUCAAUUCAACAACAACAACAACAACAACAACAAUUAAACGGAUUCACCGUUUUCGUUGGACACAUCCCAAGUUCAAUGAAUGAAGAAGGUGUCUCAAACAUCUUUGGUAAAUUCGGUAACAUUAUUGAUAUCACCAUCAUUAAAGAUAAAAGAACUAAUGUUUCAAAAGGUUGCGCUUUUAUUACCUUUUCAACUAAAGAAGAAGCUGAUAUGGCUAUUAAUACCGUCAAUGAAAGCAAUACUUUCCUUGAAAAUAUGAAUAAACCAUUACAAGUUAAAUAUUCAGAUAAUGAAAUUGAAAAAAUGGAAAGAAAACUUUUCAUUGGUAUGUUAGGAACAGCCGAUGAAGAUCAAGUUCGUCAAAUUUUUGGUAACUUUGGUAUAAUUGAAGAAUUAACUGUUGUCAGAGAAAAAGAUGGUAAACCAAAAGGUUAUGGUUUCAUUAAAUUUUCAACCAGAGACGAAUCUGAAAAUGCUUUAAGAGAACUUGAUCAAAAACACACCGUUCCAGGUUCAAAUUUACCAUUAAUUGUUAAAUUUGCUGACACUGAAAGACAAAAGCGUAAGAAGUUACUUGGUCAACCAACUCCACAACAACCAUCAUUCAGUUUUUAUCAACAACAACCACCACAAACUGGCUAUCCAUUUUUCUAUGGUCAAAACCAACAAAUGGCCCAAGCUAUGAAUGGUUACCGUAAUUACCAACAACCAAACAUGAAUUUUGGUAUGAUGCAAAAUCCAGCUUUUGAUUAUUCACAACAACAAAACCAACAACAACAACCAUCAGAAUCAAAUGAUUUAUUCAUUUAUUACCUUCCAUUCACUUAUGGUGAUGAAGAAUUAAAACAACUUUUCUCUCCAUACGGUAAUGUAGUUAGCUCUAAAGUUUUCAUUGAUAAGAAUACCCAACAAUCAAAAUGUUUUGGUUUUGUAUCAUAUGACAACACUCAAUCUGCUAUUCAAGCCAUUCAAGAAUUAAAUGGUCGUGCAAUUGAAGGAAAGAAACUCAAAGUUAAUUUCAAAAGAGAAAAACAAUUUUAA